ACAGCCUGGCUUGUGGUGCCUGGAGGGGUAUCAAGAAUGAGUGCAGAAGCUGGGAAGAAGCGAGGCCGAGGCCCUGUCUCUGGGGACAAGAAAUCUAAGCGGAAGGUGAAGAGGAGGGAGACCUACUCAGUCUAUAUCUACAAAGUGCUGAAACAGGUUCACCCUGACACUGGCAUCUCCUCUAAGGCCAUGAGCAUCAUGAACUCCUUUGUGAAUGAUGUCUUCGAGCGCAUCGCCACAGAGGCCUCCCGCCUAGCCCAGUACAACAAGCGCUCCACCAUCACCAGCCGCGAGGUGCAGACCGCCGUCCGCCUGCUGCUGCCGGGGGAGCUGGCCAAGCACGCCGUGUCGGAGGGCACCAAAGCAGUCACCAAGUACACCAGCAGCAAGUGACUGCAAAGGCAGCAUGGGGUGGGGGGCUGCGGAGCCAAUGACUCUGUUCCUACCCACAGGAAUAAAACCUACAACCUCUA